GGUACUCACGAGGUUGUCUAAAACGAUACUGGGUAUACCAUAACAAUGGUAUACUAGGGACAAGAAGGUAAUUGUAAGUGGAGUAAAGGUGGGUGGCCCACCCUUAAUCACCACUUCAGAUAUUUUGCAACUUCUCUCUCUAAAAUUCUGUUCCAAAAUUUGAAAUUCAAAAUUUUUUUUGACUUCUCAAUUUAUCUUUAAUUUGUAUUUUAUAAUUUACUGAUUAUUAAUUUAAUGUUAUGUAAAAAAUCAGGUGGUGGUUUCAUUAUUACUGUUUCUUUCCAAAAUACGGUUCUUUCGUCUUCUUCCUCCUUGCGUGCUCUCCCGCUCAAUUGAUCUCCCUCCAAAUUCUCCGUCAAGAACUGGCCAAAUUCUCAGUCUCUCGUUAGAAGGUUAGCCACUUCGUGACCGGUUUCCAAUUCAUACAGUCCAAAAAGGGUGUUUGCCAGGGCGAUUAUAUUUGGUGAAAUUUGUUAACUAAGGAACUUCUGAAUUACUUUCCAGGAUGGUUAUCAAGGGACAAAGUGGUAGCAGCAGCAAACCUAGGGAAAAACGCGUGGAAGUUGCUCGGAAUAGUAAGCUAAAGGGCAAAGACCCUGUCGUCGAUGAAGAAAUGGAAGAAGAUGAGGAAGGGCGAUCGCUGUCUGGGGAUGACAGUGAAGAAUCUGUUUUUGACGGGGAUGCAUAUGAAGAUGUUGAAGAUGAUGAAUAUGAGGAUGAGAUAUAUGAGGACGAAGAAUUCGAGGAUGAAUUAUGCCAGAGAACAGUGAAACGUGCGCCAAAGAAAAGGCAAUCUGCUAAAAGCAGGAGGGUUAUUUCAUACGAUGAAGUAGAGGAGGAAGAAGAUAUAGAAGACGAAGACGGUGAAUAUAUGGAUGGUGGGUAUGAAGAUGAAGGAGAGGAUGUUGUUGUUCGCGUUCAGAAAAGAGGGAAGAGUUGGAAGGAGGUCGGGCAGAAUGCUUUGAAGAAGAAGGCACAUCUGCAGAUGAUGCGGAAGAGGCGUAGAGAGGAUUAUGAUGAUGUUGACGAGGGAAGGAGACCUGUGAAGAAGACGAUACUUCCUGCGAUGAAGCAGAUGGGUAGGAAGUUUGAUGAAACAGGGGUAGCAAAAGGAAAGCCCCCUGCAAAACAGAAGGCAAUCAGAGGGAAUAACAGGAGGAUGUUUGUGCGGGUACCGAUUCCCAAACAUCCUAUGUCUAGGGGUGAGUAUGCGAAGUUUCACGGCGUGGUAGUUGCUACUCAGCGGGCUAAUUGUGGCCGGAAGCAACCAAGCGUUAUCUGUCGCACGGAUGCAUUUUCUAAGAUUAUUGCUGCUUUUGAUGAGUCAAGGAGAAGUUGCGUUAGGAAAAUGGGUUUCGGGGGGAUGUUGGAUUUGAAAAUAUCCAAGCUACCUAGGCAGCUGUGCUACUGGCUGAUGUCCCGGUUGGAUGGGGGUAACAGUUACCUUGUUGGAGGGGACGGCCAUGUGUUGCCGAUAACUGCUUCCCAUUGGGAAUAUGUAUUCGGAUUCCAGAACAGCGGUCUUCCGGUGCCAGUGAAGGAGUCUGAUCUUCCUCCAGGCACCCUUAAAGCGAUGGCCCUCAAGUAUGGUGAAAAGAAUACAUCAACCUCAAAGAGCACAAUAAUCAUAGCGAAAUCUGUAAAGGAAUUGGCAGGGCCGGUUGACGGUGAAGGAAAGAUAAAGCCCCUGGCUAAUCAGCGUGAUAGGGCCUCGUUCAUGGAAAAUUUCAUGAUUGUGUUGCUGGGGCAGAUUUUAUGUCCUUCUACCGAUGGGGGUAACAUGUCUUUAAAAUUGCUAGGUGCAGUUUCCGUGGCAAAGAAUGCAUCACUGUACAAUUGUUGUGAGUUUUGUCACACAUGGCUUUUAGACUACGGAGACGCCUGUCAGCGGAAGAUAGACCAUCAGGGGUAUGCCGCUGGGACUGGUGGUUGUGUGUUGUUUUUGCUGAUUUUCUACCUAGACCAUUUAUGCAGGCAUCCUGUGAGAUGGGAUGAGUUUCCCAGGAUCAAAGUCUGGACACAGGAGGAAGUGGAUGAGGCCAAGAAUCGGGAUAGGAAAGCGAGUGAAGAUUAUGGAAGGAUUACGACUGUUGAUGUUGUGUACGGGGAUCCUCAUCCCCUUUACGGCAGGGAGGGUAGACGGUCUCCCGCAGUAGAGGUUGCUGAGAUGGUAGCACAGAUGACUUCUUCAGAAUGGAGACGCACCCUAGCUCAGGAGGUCACAGAGAUGGUCUAUGUUCCAGUUGUGGACAACGGACAUUGGUGGUGUGUUGCUUUUGCACUGAAAGACCAGAAGAUAUGGUUCAUUGACAGCAUGUAUACUAAUCCUGCUUCCGAGCAUUCUGGGGAUGUUAAAAAAUUGAUAGCAGCUGUGGAGUACGUUCUACAUUGGAGGGACACGCAGUAUAAUGCAGCUCUUGUUUGGAAGUUGAAGCAAAUGCAUACUUGGCCCUUGGACUCCAUUAGCUUCCCUGACUACAACGACAAUCAUGCGUGUGGAAUAGUAAUGCUUAUGGCUAUCCAGGAAAGUGCAAGGGCAUUUACAAAGACGAUGCAUGUGGGGGACAUCAAUGUAGCUCGGAGGGCACUGUUUUUGUCUCACUUGAAUUCAGAUUUCAACUCCUGCCGCCCGCUUCUUCCCCAAAUCGUUGCAACCCACUGCCCAGUUCGUUGAUGUUUGGUCGUGCUUCUUCUGCUAACGUUUAGGGUUUUUAACAGAGAAAACAAUUGCACACUUAUCUGGUCAAAUUUUGAAAUGUGAUUAACGCGUGAACUUAAUCAUAGUUGUUGUCUUUUGAUACUCACAUUAUUUCUAGGAGGUGGGAUUCAUUGCUUGCAGGUAUGUUUUGCAAGUUUUGUGGUAUGCUUUGUAUCGUGCAUUAAAGAUUUACAAUACGAGUUUGGUACGUGUUGUGAUACCUAAUAGGUUGUUUUGUACCGUUA